UCCCGUUGUGAAUUUUGAAUCUGUGUAGAUGCUAGCUUGAAAUUUCAUCUUUUAAUUCAUCACUUUCGUCAAAUUAUACCGCCGGUUAUGAUCAUCUGGUGCUCUGUAGAUGUUUGGUUGUCACUUUGCAAUGAAUAGUAUGCGAAAUUGAAUUCCGUAAUUUAUAUAGGGUGUAAAUUUGUAUGGGAAAUCGAAACUUCUGUGAAUUAGUUUUCUGGAUCAGAAUUAGUGUAAGCACGCAUGUCGUAAUUCGUGUUGGUGAUGCGCUGCCCGUGCUGAGAUUAGAAUUGUGGCAGAUAAGUAAAGAAGAAUGUUUGUCAUAGCAGUAGGUGCUUUUCAUCAUUUAACUGCCCUCCUCUAAUGAUUUGUGUUCUUGUGUAACGAAUAUGCGUGCUUAAUGCUUUGCUCUGCGUAUAUAAAACACAUAUUGAUGUGCUCAUAAACUUUGUAACUUUUGCAUUUGACUAAUGUUCUCGCUUCUCACUAUUGCUGUUGUACCGUUCAUGAACCAUGGUUUGGCGUACCAUUCUUGGGCAAGCUCGUGAAGAACUUGCUUAGCUAGCUAAAAGUGAUACCGGGUUUAAGUGAUUUUGUACGCGCCAUUUCUGGAAAUUUUCACCCUUUCCAAAUUGUAUUGGAUUAUAUUGAUCCGGCUUGGCUACGUGGUCAGAUGUUCAGAUUAUGACGUCGUCUGCUGCUGGAUUAUCCAGUCCGGUCAGGGGCUUUACAUAUGACCGGCGGGUUUAAAUUGUGAAGUUUGCUCAACAUGCAAAAACAGUCAAAAUGGUCCUGUUGCCGAAGACAUGUUCCACUGGCAAGCAACAAUAAUGGGUCCCCCCGACAGUCCAUAUGCUGGGGGUGUUUUCCUAGUUACUAUCCAUUUUCCUCCAGAUUAUCCCUUUAAGCCACCAAAGGUGGCAUUUAGAACGAAAGUAUUCCACCCUAACAUAAACAGCAACGGAAGCAUUUGCCUUGACAUCUUGAAGGAGCAGUGGAGUCCCGCUCUAACUAUUUCCAAGGUGUUGCUUUCCAUCUGUUCUCUGUUGACGGACCCAAACCCCGAUGAUCCGUUGGUGCCGGAGAUUGCUCACAUGUACAAGACGGACAGGAAUAAAUACGAGACGACAGCGAGGAGCUGGACCCAGAAAUACGCCAUGGGCUAAAAGAUCGCGUGGUACGUGCCGUAUGAGGCUUCUUCUAUCUUUCUCGUGUUUGAGUUUGUGUAAUGCCUUGAAUCCCAAGAAAAUUGGACUAAAAUGAAUAGAGUUCCGUAACAUGUCCUCUUGAUUUAAAAAAAAAAAAAUGAAAGAAAAGCCAACGCAUGUUGCUUUUUUUAAUUGUUUGUAUGGAUAAUGUGGAUCUUUUAGAACAAAUGAUUUGUGUCUCCGA